AUGGUGAGCGACAAACAGGUCGAAUUAAACCACCGCAAACAUCGUCGGUCGUCUUCGCCGUCCGACGAGGUAGCUAAACCUUCGAAGCGGCACAAGCACCGUCAUCACAAGCACCAUAGUAGGCAUCGUCACUGUCAUCAUCGCGAUAAGAAGCAUGAUGAGGAAAUUCGAUACGGCGAUGAUGAGACAACGUCGGAAAUUGUUUCUCCGUCAUUGAAGGAUGCUGCCGGAGUUGGUAACGGUGGUGAACCUGAUAUGGAGGAAGGGGAGAUUUUAGGAGAAGAGGGGAUUGGGGAGGUUAUGAAGAAGAAAUUAGAGUUGGAAGAAAUCAAAUCUGGUCAAAUUCGCGACAAUAAUCUGCCUGUUCAUGUAGGUUCUCUUCCUGAUGAUGGGCUUGCAAAUGAAAGAGGUUUUGGAAAACAUGUUCAUCAGCCAAAAGAAGGGACUUUUCAUGGUGGUUUGACUCAUGAACCUGAAAGGGAUGAUAAAUAUCCUUCAGAGAAAAUUGGUAAGACAAAAGACAAGAAUGUCAGGAGCUCAUAUUCUUCCAUGAACUCUGAAGAUAAGCAUAAGAUUAGUACCCGUUCGCGCUCAAACACCAGUUACAUUGCUGAGGAGAAUGGGUCUGCUGUUAGAGGAAGACAUCAUGAUUCUAGUUGGGAUUAUUGUCAUGAUACAUUUGACUUGGGUAGGAAAGAGGACAAAUACUAUCAACGUGGACACUAUAAGGAAGAUGGUAGGCGCUUAAGUCGAGAGGUCUUGGAAAGAGAAAGGAGUACAGAGAGAGAGACGGACAGGGAGGGAACCAAGGACAAAGAACAAAGAGGAAGUAAGCAUAGAGACAAAGAUAGAGAUUUGCGGAGGGAAAGAGAAUGGGAGAAGAGACAAGAGAUAGAGACUGAACGUGGAAGUAGAGAUAGGAGGGGAGAGAGGGGAAGAGAUUACCUAAGGGAUAGAGACAAUGACAGAGGUAGGAGUAGAGAUAAAUGCAGGUAUAAUAGCAGAGAGAGGGGGAGAGAGAAUGAAAGAGAGAGACGGAGUGAAAAAGAUAGGGAUAAUGGAAGAGAAAUCCAGAGUGACAGGGAGAAGCAUAAAAGUCUUGAUGAUGGAUAUGGGGAAGUGAGGCACAAACAGCCUGGACACUCAAGACAUGAGGCAGAAGAUGAGAGUUCAAAUUCUGUAAAGGGCCAUUAUUCUAAGAAUGGCAGUUCCAAAGAAGUUUGGAGCAAUUCUGAAAGGUCCAGAAAUGAUAAUGAUGAUAACGCUGAAGUUGUUUGGGAGCCUGCUGAACAAGAAGAUGAAGAGCUAAACAGAAUCAAGGAAAGCAGGAAGAGAACACAAGCCAUAUUGGAGAAAUAUAAGAAAAAGUCAGAGCAGCAAAACAUAUCUUCUUCUCAUGAUAAGGGGAAAGAUCUUGAUCCAGCAGACAUUCUCAAACAGUUCUCUACUGUUGCAGAUGUUCUUGGAAGUGGUACUCGAGGGUCUGUUGCCUCAGCAGUUAAUGAAGCUAAAGCUGGGCUUGAUAAUGAUGCCAUAGAUGGUGAUGUCACCAAACUAUCAUUGAUAGUUGGGGAAUCACCUGCACGACUUGUAAUUUCAGUCUCAGAUAGGACAUUAGAUUCUGCAGGACUCGGGGAAGGCACUCCAAAGAGUGAAAGAUCAGAUGACAUGUUCAGUGAUGAUAUUUUUGGGGAGUCUCCGGCUGGUACGCGGAAAAUGGGCAAUCUGCGAGGGAAAGGGAAUGGCCUUCCUAUUGUUAGGAGUGGACUCCAUGAUAAUUGGGAUGAUGCAGAGGGUUAUUACAGUUAUCAGUUUGGUGAACUACUUGAUGGUAGAUAUGAAAUCCUGGGUACUCAUGGAAAAGGUGUAUUCUCUACCGUGGUGCGUGCAAAAGACACAAAAGCUGAACUAGCUGAACCUGAAGAAGUGGCUAUAAAAAUUAUUCGGAGCAAUGAGACAAUGCAUAAAGCCGGCCAGACUGAGGUUCAGAUAUUGAAGAAGCUAGCUGGCUCAGACCCAGAGAAUAAGCGGCACUGUGUUCGUUUUCUUUCAAGUUUCAAGUAUAGGAAUCACCUUUGCUUGGUGUUUGAGUCUCUUCAUCUGAAUCUCCGUGAGGUUUUGAAGAAGUUUGGUCGCAACAUUGGUCUUAAACUCUCUGCUGUUAGAGUGUAUGCAAUGCAGUUAUUCAUAUCCCUUAAACAUCUCAGGAACUGUGGGGUUCUUCACUGCGAUAUAAAACCCGACAACAUGCUGGUGAAUGGAGACAACAACGUGUUAAAGCUUUGUGACUUUGGUAGUGCAAUGUUUGCUGGUAAAAACGAAGUGACUCCAUAUCUUGCUAGUCGCUUCUACAGAGCUCCAGAAAUCAUUCUUGGACUUUCUUAUGACCAUCCUUUAGAUAUCUGGUCAGUUGGUUGCUGUCUGUAUGAGCUUUAUAGUGGGAAAGUUCUUUUCCCUGGCUCCACAAACAAUGAUAUGUUACGCCUUCAUAUGGAACUGAAAGGUCCCUUUCCCAAAAAGAUGCUUCGCAAGGGAGCAUUUAUUGACCAGCACUUCGACCAGGACCUGAAUUUCUAUGCUACGGAGGAGGACAGUAGUACUGGAAAGGCAAUAAAGAGAAUGAUGGUAAACAUACAGGCAAAAGAUUUUGGUUCAGUUAUCAAAGGUUAUUCGGGUGAGGAUCCCAAGGUGUUAGUUCAUUUCAGGGAUCUUCUGGACAAAAUUUUCAUACUUGAUCCUCAAAAGAGACUUACAGUGUCACAAGCAUUAGCUCACCCAUUCAUCACGGGCAAGUGA